AUGAGAGGGAAGUGGGAAAUGAAAAGAGAUGAAAUGGGACAUCGAUGCUGUGGAAAACACAAAGUGAAUAGAGGGCUUUGGUCUCCUGAGGAAGACGAGAAGCUUCUUCGUUAUAUCACUACUCAUGGUCAUCCAAGUUGGAGUUCCGUACCCAAGCUUGCCGGGUUGGAGAGGUGUGGGAAGAGUUGUCGGUUAAGGUGGAUAAACUACUUGAGGCCUGAUUUAAAGAGAGGUUCGUUUACCGCGGAGGAAGAGCAGACUAUCAUCGAUGUUCAUCGUAUUCUUGGUAACAAAUGGGCUCAAAUUGCUAAACACUUACCUGGACGCACUGACAAUGAAGUCAAAAACUUUUGGAACUCAUGCAUCAAGAAGAAGCUUCUUUCUCAAGGCUUAGACCCUUCCACUCAUAAUCUCAUGCCUUCACACAAAAGAUCUGCUACUUCUUCUAAUAAUAAUAUUCCCAAGCCAAGCAAGAUGAAGUCCAUCAUGACAAACCCUACUUUUGAUCUAUCAACCACUGCUUUCUCAAUCACAAACCUUAAUCCUCACACUUCAACUAAACCAAACAAAGUUAAAUCUCCUAUCCGAACUCCAUUACCCUCUCAGACCAUAAUCCCUAUCAACAAUACCAUGUCAAGUCUUUUAGAUUAUGAGAAUAUGAUUCCUAGCUGGUCAGAUGUUGAUGGAGUGGCACCAAUCCACGAAGAAGCUCCGAUGUUUUCAAGUGAAAAGGCAGUAGUAGGAGUUGAUGACGAUUACUUCAACAUGGACAUUUUGUUUAAUACGCCUUCUACUACUACUUUUGAUCAUGAUUUUGCUUCUAUUUUUUCUUCUGCAAUGUCUAUCGAUUUCAAUCCUAUGGAUGAUCUUGGCUGGACCUUUUAGUUUUACUCUGUCUCUUUCUAUACUUUGAUCAGGUCCUCAAGUGUAAAUAAUUUAUAUGAAUAACUUUUACUUCUUGUUGUCACUAGUUUUGAUAGCUGAGAUUUUACCAAGAAACAGUGUAACCUAAUAGACUCAAUAAUAUCUUCUUUUGAACAUUAUCAGUUAUAUCUUUUCAUUGCUAUAUGAUUGAAAAAAAAACAAGGAAUGUAUUCGAUCUAUAUACAAAUUAAUUAUUUUUUACAUAUACGUUUUUUGUUGGGUCGACCACCUAUUUCCCCACGAUAAUUAUUGUAUAGUACUAUAUGUCUUCGAAACUAUUGCCUCUAUCUAUUUGUCCCAGAGAAUAAAGUUAUAUUCCUAUUUCCCCCUAAAUAUAUAGUUUAAAACAUAUUUCUCUCCAAUCAUCGAAUUAGAUGGUUUAAUAUCGGUUUACUAUUUCAAUCUAAACCAUAAAUCACUUAAAAUUGAUAGUUAACCAGCUAAGAUCCAAUUAAGACUGAUUUAAACCCGAUAAAAGACCCAGCCUCACUACUCAAAAAAAAAAGAGAAAAAAAAACUAACGUCAUAAACAUAAACCCAGAACUGACCUUACACAAAAUCUCCAAAUUGUGAGCCCUAAAAAAGGAAAUCUCCUUCGAUUUGGAAGCGAAAUCGACAAGAGAUCAAUGGCGUCAGACUCUGGAGCCGUAGAAAACACAGAAGA